GCUGCAAACACACACAGACACAGACACACACACACACGCACCGGGAGCCAGACCGGAGAGCGCGACCUCCCCUCCAGCACCCGGGACCGGCCUCUGAUUUUGGAUUUCCCCCCCAUUUCGGAUUCAGCUCAACGAUCCCGCCUCGGACUUGGCUUUUCUUUUUAAAAAACAAAAAAGCGGAGAGGAGGUGGGGGGCCCCCGAUCGCUAUGGAGUAUUUCAUGGUGCCCGCCCAGAAGGUGCCUUCUUUGCAGCAUUUCAGGAAAACAGAGAAAGAAGUGAUAGGAGGGCUGUGUAGCCUGGCCAACAUCCCGCUCACCCCGGAGACCCAGCGGGACCAGGAGCGGCGGAUACGCAGGGAGAUUGCCAACAGCAACGAGAGGCGGCGCAUGCAGAGCAUCAACGCUGGCUUCCAGUCCUUGAAAACCCUCAUCCCCCACACGGAUGGAGAGAAACUCAGCAAGGCGGCCAUCCUCCAACAGACGGCAGAGUACAUCUUCUCGCUGGAGCAGGAGAAGACUCGGCUACUGCAGCAGAACACACAGCUCAAGCGCUUCAUUCAGGAGCUGAGUGGCUCAUCUCCCAAGCGGCGGCGGGCCGAGGACAAGGACGAAGGCAUCGGCUCGCCGGACAUCUGGGAGGACGAGAAGGCGGAGGACCUGCGGCGGGAGAUGAUCGAGCUGCGGCAGCAGCUGGAUAAGGAGCGCUCGGUCCGCAUGAUGCUGGAGGAGCAGGUGCGGUCUCUGGAGGCCCACAUGUACCCUGAAAAGCUGAAGGUGAUCGCUCAGCAGGUGCAGCUGCAGCAGCAGCAGGAGCAGGUGAGACUGUUGCACCAAGAGAAGCUGGAGCGCGAGCAGCAGCUCCGGACCCAGCUCCUGCCCACCCACGGGCCCGCGCCCACGCACCAUCCCACAGUGAUCGUGCCGGCCCCCCCACCCCCACCGUCCCAUCACGUCAACGUCGUCACCAUGGGCCCCUCCUCCGUCAUCAACUCCGUCUCCACGUCUCGGCAGAACCUGGACACCAUCGUGCAGGCGAUCCAGCACAUCGAGGGCACGCAGCACGAGAAGCAGCAGCAGCAGCGGCGGCAGGAGGAGCAGGAGGAGCAGCGACGCGCCGUGAUUGUCAAACCGGGGCGGGUUGGUGCCGAGGCCCCCGCCUCCGACACGGCCUCCGACUCCUCCGAGCCCGAGGACAGCGACGACGCCAUGGACCAGAGCAAGGAGGACCUGGGCGGGGAAGCGGAGCUCCCCUGACCCCCCUCGCGCCCGCUCCCCCACACCCCAGGGCCGGGCCGGGCAGUGCUGCAGCGGGGAGAGAGGGAGGGAGGGAGGAGCACGCGGGCUCUGAUG